CAACACUCCAUAAAGAUGUGCUCCCGCGGGUCCUCCUGCCACAGCCACGAGACCUCCUGCCACAGCUCCCGCUCCUCCUGCCACGACUCGGAGCCCUCCUGCCAUUACACCAUCCAGAGGGUCCCCGUGCCCAAGUACACCUAUGUGACGCCGUGCUGCCCCCCAGUGCAGACCUUCUGCCCCCCAGUGCAGCGUUACUGCCCCCCAGUGCAGCCCUACUGUCCCCCAGUGAAGACCUACUGCCCACCCAUCCCCUACUGCCCCCAGUACACCAAGAACAUCUGCAAGCUGCCUCCACCAUGCCCCAAAUACUAGCUGCAUGAUCCAGCCAUGCUCCACCACCACUGGCUGCCUCCUCCUUGGAUAACAUGGACAUGGAUUGACGCAUCACUAUGGACAUCCCAGGGUCUCUGCUCUGUGCCUCAUCACUGCUGUGCCUAAUGUGCUCCCCCAGUCAUCUUACAAGGAUUCGCUCUUUCCAAUGACUCGGGAAAUGUUCUCUCCAUGUAUUCAGUGCAUAAUUAUAAUUGGGAAUCUUUUCAUGCCUUGCAUUUCUGUUUCAGACUCAUCUGGC